CUCUUUGCUUUCUUUGAAUCUGUCUGGUUUACUUUAGCUUUUCGCUUCAAAUCGGACAUUCUGAAAAAUGAUAUAUUACACGGGUUAGCUGUUAUAAUCACAUUAACAAAAACAGACAUGGUAAACUAACGAUGAUGCCUCUGAGACAGAGUCUUAUACACUUAUAUCAACUUCAUGUGAAGAUAAGUUAGGUGUGGUAAGAUCCUCUUUAUUCCCUUAAUUAAUAAAAUUGAAAGGAAAAAAUCAUGAUGUCAAGAAUGUUUUAAUCUGGGCUUCCUCCUUGAAUGAGUCUCAAAGAGGAAUCCCAGAAGGGAUUAGUAAAAAUGUGUAUAAAGUAAAGUUGCCACUGAAAUGUAUACUCAUUAUAUUUGAUGGUGCUUGGAUUUAAUCACAGUAUUUUUUUCGUUUCUGGGUGCAUGACAUGUAACAGCAACCAAAAUCGCCAGGUGUGAUGUCACAUAAGUAAAAGGUUCACGCGAUACAGCUCGACAAAAUGACUGAUCCGAAAUACAUAACGAUGUAGAGACGAUAUAUUUCACAUAGCCAGACUCUUUGAUAGUGAACAUCCGAUUCCUGCGGUAACAUUCAUAAUCAAACAUUGUAAUAUUAGUUUUUAAUGUAUGCUGAUUACUCAAUGCAAAGAAAUUAACAAUAAAAUUGGUAUGAUCACGAAUUAUGUUGCCGACCUGUUUUACCAAACAAUCAUGCACAUGCUGACCUGUCAUUUGUUUUGAUGAUCGGAGUUAUCCACCGUGUCGAUAGACGGCGCUUCACUUCCGGCCUAGAAAAUAACAAGCAUGCUUGGGGGACAAGGCAACAUCAUCGUUCUUAAUCAGAACACAAAGCGGGAAUCCGGCAAGAAAGUCCAGCAAGGCAACAUUGCAGCCGGCAAAGCUAUAGCAGAUAUCAUCAGAACAUGCUUGGGGCCAAAGUCUAUGUUAAAGAUGUUGAUGGACCCAAUGGGAGGGAUUGUCAUGACCAACGAUGGAAAUGCCAUUCUCCGUGAAAUCAAUGUUCAACAUCCAGCAGCUAAGUCCAUGAUUGAAGUAGCUCGCACACAAGAUGAAGAAGUUGGUGACGGAACAACCUCUGUCAUCAUCCUUGCGGGUGAGAUGUUAUCUCAGGCCCUUCCUUUCCUGGAGCAGCAGAUGCAUCCAACUGUUGUCAUCAGUGCUUUUAGGCAAGCAUUAGAAGAUCUGGUAGAUAUUCUCCGCAAACAAGUCAGUGUACCAGUGGAUCUCACUAACAGAGAUGACAUGAUGAAAAUUGUCAAAAGCUGUGUUGGAACAAAGUUCAUUAGUAAAUGGUCUGAACUUGCGUGCCAGAUUGCAUUAGAUGCCACAGCAACAGUUGCCAUGGAGGAGAAUGGUCGACGGGAAAUUGACAUCAAAAGAUACGCAAAAGUAGAAAAGGUCCCCGGAGGAACCAUGGAAGACUCUAAAGUAUUAAAAGGAGUUAUGCUCAAUAAAGAUGUUGUUCACCCGAAAAUGAAAAGGAGGAUAGAAAAUCCAAGAAUUAUUUUACUAGAUUGUACAUUAGAAUACAAGAAAGGUGAAAGCCAGACAAAUAUUGAAAUAACAAAAGAAGAAGACUUUGCAAAGAUUCUUAUGCUGGAGGAGGAAUAUGUGAAGAGGAUAUGUGACGAAGUCCUUGCCUUCAAGCCUAACCUUGUCAUCACAGAGAAGGGUGUGUCAGAUCUAGCUCAGCAUUUCUUUGUUAAGGCAGGUGUAAGUGUAAUCCGACGUGUCAGGAAGUCCGACAACAAUAGGAUUGCCAGAGCAUGUGGCGCUACCAUUGUUAAUCGUACAGAUGAAAUUAAGGAAGAGGAUGUUGGAACACAGUGUGGUCUGUUCAACAUUGAGAAAUUUGGGGACGAAUAUUUCACAUUCCUGGUGGAAUGUAAGGACCCUAAGGCAUGUACAAUCCUCCUCCGUGGCGCAAGCAAGGACAUAUUGAUGGAAGUUGAGAGGAACCUACAGGACGCUAUGAAUGUUGCACGUAAUGUGAUGACCGAGCCUCUCUUAGUCCCUGGAGGUGGUGCCGCGGAGAUGGCCCUCUCUCAGGCCCUGAAUGAAAAGGCCAAGAGUAUCACUGGAGUCCAGCAGUGGCCAUAUCGGGCAGUUGCAAAAGGUCUGGAGGUCAUUCCAAGGACACUCAUCCAAAAUUGUGGUGGCAACUCCAUCAGAACUCUCACUGCUCUCAGGGCAAAACAUGCAGCACCCAACUGUACAUCCUGGGGUGUUGAUGGAGAAAAUGGAAAGAUUGUGGACAUGAAAGAUUAUGGAAUCUGGGAACCAUUUGCUGUGAAAGUGCAAACAAUCAAGACAGCAUUAGAGACCGCCGUACUUCUUCUAAGAAUUGACGACAUUGUCUCAGGGACUAAGAAGAUGGCAGAUGCAGAUAUGCCCGCACCUCGACAGAAAGACGAAGAAGCAGCACCCCAACCUGAGGGACCAGAAUAAAAAACAACUUGAUAAUUAGGAUUUACACAAACAUUUUAAUAACAGGCAUUUCUUUUUGGAAUAAUUAAUAAUUCCAUGUCAUCUUUUUGGCUAAUCUGCAUUCUACAAAACAAAUUGUGUUCAUAUUCCUCAUCGUCUCAGAAAGUUGCAAUGUUCAAAACUUUUUUUCAUGAGUGCCAGAUUCUAUGUGUAAAAUAUCAUUCAUGAAAUUGUAUUGUUCUGUGAGGAACAUAUGGAUUUUGUUAGUGCUGCAAAACUGAAGAUUUAUUCAUGGACAAAUUGAAAUCAAAGUACUCUGUAACCUGUCUAUGGAAGUUCACAUGUUAUAAAAUGUUGAUCAGUGUGACAAAGAAAAGGACACUUGAGUGCUUUAUUUAUUGUGAUGAAUUUCUGUAUGAAACCCAAAUAUAUACAUGUUUGUCUUUUUAUAAUUAUAAAGAACAAAGGAUUAAAAAUGUGAUCCCAUUA